AUGAGCUUUCAUUAUGAUGAGAAUUCCAGGACCCUGUUCCAUGGGGAGGAUUUCCAUAUCCUGCUGCCAUCGCAGGAUGUAGAGGUCACGUUUAAGAACAAGUCUGACCCUCGGACCCCUGUGAUUAUGAUGAGGGAAAGAAAAGUGGUCAGCAGUCGCGCGAGACCCAACCUACACCUCAACCACCUCAUUAUAGAAGCAGUGGGCGAGGGGGAUGAAGGAGUGUACAUCAUGACGAAUCCAAACAAUCCAGCGGAUGUCAAACAAAUUUCGCUCAUAGUCCGAGAUUGCACUAUUGAGCAGGUCAUCAAAUAUGGAGACAGCUUUCGUAUUCCACUGGUGGGGGUGAAUCCUCCCAUCACCGUCGACUACAAACCCAGUGCGGUGGAGGCCAAUGAGACAGCUAGUCCAGCGACGGUGGUGCUCCCUGCAGCAGGGACCUCCCCUGAGCCCUACCGGGGUCGUAUCCACGCCACUGAGCACCUCCUCACCCUCAGCGCUGUUACAGGUGCAGAUGAGGGGAGCUACACUGUCAUGGAUGACAAAGGGGUUAUUCAAAAGAAAGUGUGUCUUAAUGUCAAAGAGGACAAACACUUUGUGACCGUUUCAUACGGGGAAAGACUGAAGAUCAACCUGAUGUUCAACAGCUCUUUGGUCCAGCUGUACUGCAUCCCCAGCACUGAUGCCACGCCUGUUCUGCUGAUGGAUAAAGGACAGUUUACAAGUGCCCAAACGACGCUGGGAUUCAACGACCGUCUCUCUUUGGAAGGUUCACUGGUUAUUCUCGAUCAGGUCAAGGGUACAGAUCCAAACAUGUUUGUAAUUAAAGACUCAAAAGGAUUCACGGUGUCCACCGUCCAAGUAGAAGUAAAACCCUACAGGCUGGAGUCUCUCUAUGUGGCCAUCAUUGCCCUGUUGGGCCUGCUGGCUUUCCUUCUGCUGGUGUGCCUGCUCUCCUGCCUGAUCAAAGUGAAGAAGAGGGCCAAGAGGUCGGCCGCCCUAGAAAAACUGGCCGAAAACGCUGGCAAAGAAGAUGAAGGAGAGGCCUUCAGACAGGUGGUCAAGAACAUCACCAAGCUCAGUGAGGAAUCCAAACAUUCCCAAGCUGACACUACGGAGAAAUCUCAGAGCACUGAAGUGGACAUCAAAGGUCUGGAAGUUUCCUCUAAAGAAGUUGGGGUCGGUAACCUGGAGACCAGCGACUCAGGUGUUGGCUUUAACACUGCUCUCCCGCUGGACACUGACACUGAGGCUGCUGACCAAAUCCCCGAUUCUGAGGCUGCAAGCAUCUCUGUUGCUCCUGAUACUAAACCAAGUCCCCCAUCUGAUGCAGAGUCCAAGCCAAGCGCUCCACCAGCUUUGGAAAUUAAAUCCAGUCCAGAACCUGAAACCAAAGUCAGCCCAGCCCCCGAGACCAAGAAAACUCCUGACCAGCCCGAGGAAGCAAAGUUAGAUGUGCCCAAACCAGCGGAUACUAAACUCAGCCCAGCCUCGAGCCCAAAGCCCCAGAUUCGUCUGAGUCCAGCUGAUCCGAAGCCUGCACCCACCUCAAGCCCGGAACCUGAGCCAGCUGUCCCUGCAGCCACAACUCCCACACCUGCCCUGACUCCUACACCUGAGAGUAAGAGCGCCCUGACUCCUACAACUGAGAGUAAGAGUGCCCUGACUCCUACAGCUGAAAGUAAGAGUGCCCUGACUCCUACACCUGAGAGUAAGAGUGCCCUGACUCCUACAACUGAGAGUAAGAGUGCCCUGACUCCUACACCUGAGAGUAAGCGUGCCCUGACUCCUACAACUGAGAGUAAGAGUGCCCUGACUCCUACAGCUGAACGUAAGAGUCCCCUGACUCCUACAACUGAGAGUAAGAGUGCCCUGACUCCUACAACUGAGAGUAAGAGUGCCCUGACUCCUACACCUGAGAGUAAGAGUGCCCUGACUCCUACACCUGAGAGUAAGCGUGCCCUGACUCCUACAACUGAGAGUAAGAGUGCCCUGACUCCUACACCUGAGAGUAAGCGUGCCCUGACUCCUACAACUGAGAGUAAGAGUGCCCUGACUCCUACAGCUGAACGUAAGAGUCCCCUGACUCCUACACCUGAGAGUAAGAGUGCCCUGACUCCUACAGCUGAGAGUAAGAGUGCCCUGACUCCUACAGCUGAACGUAAGAGUGCCCUGACUCCUACACUUGAGCAGCCCAAACCAACUACACCAGAACCCAUUACCAAUGGCACACCCGAGCCAGGGCCAGAUUCCAAACCGAGCCCAGAUCAUGCAGAAAUGAUUGCAGACUCGGCUCCAAAAGCAGUCCCACCUAAAACCCCUGAAGUGGAGCUGAAAUCCAGCAGUGUUAUACCAGAAGCCAGCAAAGAUGGCACUGUGGCCAAGGAUACAGCAUCCACCUGAGAACUGCCCCUGCAAAAGCACAAAGGAAACCCCACACGUCAUACCACCACUGCAGACAAUCGAACACACACAACCAAAUGAUGACAGAACCACAGCAGCUGGGUCAAGGACAAAAUAUCAAGGGGUCUAAAGCCUCAACCAACCUGAAAAUGAUAUCUGACUAACACUAAAACGUUUGAGAGGUUCUAAUUCACAUUUCAAAGAGGAAGCACGACUUGUGAUUGUUUAACAUUUUAGAUGUAUGCAACUAGCAGCUUUUUCUUUUCUUUGCUAAUUGCACAGUAAAACUGCCAAACUGCAAUUGAAACCCUUUGCAGAGUUUACAACUAAAAUGUUAACUUCAUGAAACAUGUUUUAUAAAAUAUCCAGACAGGUUUACGGCAUUUCACCAUCCAGAAAUAGCAGAGUUGAUUAUUAAGUUUGUGAUAGUUUACUGAGUUGAACCAAGCGUCGUUUCCCACCAUGUGGAGGAAGCAGACAGAAGGGAUUCAGUUUUCACCCACUUUUAUCUUCAUGCUAAAAAAGGAGUGAUUGCUAAAGUUGAAAUUGUUUUCAUCAAACUUUAUUUCUGACCUCCUUGAUUUUUUUUUUCACAGCUGCCGUAAGUUUUUAUAAUAGCUUCCGAAACAUCUGCAAUAACAGGUUAUGCAUUACUUUAUCCACACAAAACAUAAAUACUGAUACUACUAAGCCCCUUAUUUAUAGACUAUCGUUUAGAUUCAGACUUCUAAUGGAUAUCUCUGAUGAUUAAGAUGUGUUUAGCAGAUGGAUCCCUUGAGUCUGGAUCAACCUUUUUGCUGCCUUUGAUCUGGAUUUUCUACUAGCUCUAUAAAAAUAUCUGCACUUUAAAAAAAAGAAAAAAGAAAAGCAAAUCAUGCCUGCAGAAACUUCAGGCUCUCCCUGUUAUCUCUCUUCUGCUUGCCGUCGAUUUUUAACUAAAUAUUUCCACUCAAGGACCGGCUUUUGUUAAUGAAACAUUUGUCAAAAUAAUUGAUAUUUAACCCUAACAUCUUUACUGACUCUAUUGUGCCCUUAUAGUAUGAGGCCUUUAUCAGUGGCAUCUUGUUUCUCUGGGGCUGGGAGGGAUGUUGGAUAUAUUUAAAUGUACAGUCAAAACUGUUUAAUCUUAACUCGUGCAUGGUACAGACAAAGUGUGCUGGUACAUAUUUAUGUUAAAAGAAAUGCAUGUCUCUACCUCGUGUUUCAGCUGGUCCAGGUUUCAUGCGCUGAAAUGAAAAACAGAAAUACUUAUUUUGAGACAAGCACAAAAAAACAGACAAGAACAAAUCAAGCGAGCAAUUAGAAAACCGAUGGAA